CAGGAGCCGCCAUGGCGGCGGAGCGGGACCGCGAGCGGGAGCUGCGCUUCUACCGACGGCUGCCCAAAGCGGAACUCCAUGCUCAUUUGAAUGGCUGUAUCAGUACUGCUACUAUGAAGAAACUCAUGGCCCAGAAGCCAAACCUUCAGAUCCAGAAUGGAAUGACUGUGAUUGACAAAGGGAAGAAAAGAACCUUAGAUGAAUGUUUUCAGAUGUUUCAGAUCAUCUAUCAGGUUACCACGAGGACUGAAGAUAUUUUACUGAUAACUAAAGAUGUCAUUAAAGAAUUUGCUGAUGAUGGUGUUAAGUAUCUGGAAUUGAGAAGCACUCCGAGAGAAGAAAAUUCCACAGGUAUGACCAAAAGGAUGUAUGUUGAAACCGUACUUGAGGGUAUAAAGCAGUGUCAAGAGGAGGGCUUGGAUAUAGAUGUAAGGCUCUUAAUAGCAAUAAACAGAAGAGAUGGCCCAGCAGUUGCCAAGCAAACUGUAAAACUUGCUGAAGAGUUCCUGCUUUCCAGUGAUGGGGUUGUAGUAGGACUUGACCUCAGUGGUGAUCCCACUGCAGGACAUGGUCAAGAUUUUUUGGAACCACUCUCUGAAGCAAAAAAAGCAGGUCUGAAGCUGGCACUGCAUCUUUGUGAGAUUCCAAAUCAAGAAGAGGAGACCAAGAUUCUCCUGGGCCUGCCUCCUGACAGAAUUGGACACGGAACAUUUCUCAACUCCACAGCAGCAGGCUCUGAAGAGAUAGUGUCAUUGGUUCAGCAGAAUCAUAUACCUAUUGAAUUUUGCAUGACAUCAAACAUAAAAUCUCAGACAGUGCCUUCCUGUGACAAACACCAUUUUGGAUACUGGUACAGCAUGGGCCAUCCUGCAGUGCUUUGUGUUAAUAAUUGUGGUCUCCAGCUAGUCAUCCAGACCUCAUCAAUACCAGAAAAAACCAAGCCAUUUGAAUUCAGAAUAAAUAAAGAGCAGUCAUCUUUCCACAAUAGGCUUCUGCAGCAUGAUCUGGAAAAAAACUACUCCGGAAGACAAGAUAACACAAAUUUUGGGAGCAGUUCAUCAAUAGCAUUUCCUGUAUUGCAACGUACUGCUGAAGAAAAAAUCCUGAACUCAGACAGACUUACCCUGGAAAGGCAAAAAUUGACAGUGUGCCCGAUUAUUGAUGGGGAAGAUCACCUUCGUCUUUUGAAUUUCCAGCAUAACUUUAUAACUCGUAUCCAAAAUAUUUCUAAUCUUCACCAUCUUGUUUUCUUAGAUUUAUAUGAUAAUCAGAUUGAAGAGAUAAGUGGGGUUUCAACUUUGAGAUCCCUGAGAGUCCUUCUGUUGGGAAAGAACAGAAUAAAGAAGAUCUCAAAUCUGGAGAACCUAAAAAACCUUGAUGUUUUAGAUCUCCAUGGAAAUCAGAUUGCCAAAAUAGAAAACAUUGGUCAUUUAAGUGAACUGAGGGUGUUAAACCUUGCCAGGAACCUCCUCACUGUUGUAGAGAACCUGAAUGGACUGGAUUCACUCACAGAGCUCAACCUCCGUCAUAAUCAAGUCUCUGCUAUAAAAGAUGUGGAUACUUUGCCCUGUCUCCAGCGUCUCUUCCUCAGCUUCAACAAUAUAUAUAGUUUUGAGGAUAUUCUGUGCCUUGCUGAUUCCUCAUCCUUGUCAGAUAUCACCCUUGAUGGCAAUCCAAUAGCUCAGGAGACAUGGUACAAACACACUGUUCUCCAUCAUAUGAUGCAGCUCCGACAGCUAGAUAUGAAGAGAAUCACAGAAGAAGAAAGACGUAUGGCAUCUAUUGCAGCAAGGAAAGAGGAAGAAAGGAAGCGUGAAAGCCAUAGACAGACCUUGCUUAAGGAAAAGAAGCGGUUAACGAUUGGUAACAUUGCUCGGCAGUGGGAGAUCCAGCAGAACCAAGUUGCUCUUGAGGCUUCUUUAAACAAAGAUAAAGAAAAUGAGCCCUGCCAGAUCAAUGGCAGUGAUGCAUAUGUAUUUCCUGAAGAAAGCAGAUCUCUUGAUACAAUCCUGAGCAGUGCAGUACAAGGCUUGUCUGUUCUAGAGUCUCAUUUAGUGGAGGUGGAAGGAGACACUCUUGGCUUGUAUGGUGCUGGGGCACUGGAGUGCCUGGAUCGAAACUGGAGUGUUCAAACAGCUGGCAUUAUUGCCACGGUGUCCUUUAUGUUCAUAGAAUUUGAUGAAAUUGUUCAAGUGUUAGCAAAACUGAAGACAAAAUUUCCUAAUUGUGUGCACCUGAAGUUUAAGGAGACAAAUCUUGUGGCACUGCAGCAGUUCAAUGCACUGGCUGAAAUGCAUCGCAUGGAACAGUUGACAGUUGAUCCUCAGGGAAAUCCAGUUGUCAACUUCACUUUGUGGAAAUACUAUGUUCUGUUCAGACUGAACCAUUUUAAUCUACAGAAGAUAAAUGGAGUGAAGGUCACUGAAAAUGACAUUGUAAAGGCAGAAAGGCUCUUUGGCAUUCUGGCAUAUGUGGCAUCUUCGGAGCUGCCGCAUUAUCGCAUGCUUUCCUUAUUUGGAGAAUCCAGGAGGAAGCAAUUCCAUUAUCUGCUGGAGGGAAAGGGAAAGAAAUCUGGCAUUGGGAGUGAGGAAAGUAGUGAUAACAGAAGAAGUGGAGGGGAAAGCACAGCUCGAGCAACAUUGAAUUACAUGACAAAAGAUUUUCAUAUGGAAAAGCUUGAGGAAAUCAAAGAAAGAAAAACAUUUUGCCAGACUUACAUUGAGAACUUAGUAAAAGAAGCAGCUGACAUCAAUAUGAAAAAUGAGUCGUUGCAGAAGCUCUGGCCUCAGCUGUUCAUUGAACUUGUCAGAGAUGCUGUGAUAGAAAUUCGCAAUAAAAACUCCUACAUGAAACUCUGCCUCCAGCGGAUCACUGAGCAGAAACAGUAGAGCCCAGGCGUGUUUUCUUGCAGGUUUUUGGUUCACUAUUCUCUCAUGUUUUACAAACAUAAGCCAAUAGAAUAUAAAAUUAUCAUCACUAGGGCAGACUUCACUUCCUCCCCCAAAAGGAUGCCUUUAAAUCUUAAUUAACUCUUAAUAGUUUUGAAAUAAAAGUUUAUGUUCAUACUGCUUUUCCAAUGCUUCCUUGGCUAACUGAAGUGAUAGCAAAGAAAUGACUUGGUGAUUGUUUUACUAAGUUCUUGUUUAUUUUUUCUGCUACCCUUGAUUCUGUAGUGCUUACAGCAUUGAUUUUUAGAACAAAUUUACAAAGCUUGCCUUAUUUUUAUUGAACACUUUUCAAUUGUCACUUUUUUCUCUGCUGCUGUUUAAAAAAACCAGGAAUAGUAGCUAAGUUUUUUUAUGACCAGAACCUAAUAAAUUAUUUUACACCCUGAAUUCAAUGAAGACUUAUUAUUGUUGUUUAAUUUGUCAGAUUACAGAACGCUUUCACAUGAGAGUGUUCAGAAUAUUGACAGUCAAUCAGCCUAAUUCUCAACUGAACAAAUUGCCCAAAUAUAAUUUCAAAUGUUUUUUGUUAUUGUUACUAAGGUUGUGUGAAUUGUUAUAGGUAAAAUAUGAUUCCAGGGUAUACUUACUUGAGCUUUAUUUUUAUUUUGUUAAAAUAUGUUAAUAUAAUUUAUUGUUUUUUUGAUUACUAAGUUAUUAACUUCUGAGGUUUGCCAAGAUCAAAUGAGCUAAAAUGCAUGCAUUACAUUUGAUAGGGAGACUGAUAACUACUAUUCAGUUGUAAUUCAUUUUUGUGACUCUGUGAAAAUUUCAUAUUAUCAAUAAAAAUAAAUUAUUCACUUUUACCUUUCACAGAU